AUGGCCGGUGACAUUACAUGCGGAUCCUUGCUGCAAAAAUUGCAGUUGAUAUGGGAUGAAGUUGGUGAGAGUGAGGAGGACCGUGACAAGGUCCUUUAUCAGCUGGAUCAGGAAUGCCUUGAUGUUUACAAGAGGAAAGUUGACCAAGCAACUAACUCUAGGGAUCUCCUGAUCCAGGCGCUGGAUGACUCAAAGAUAGAACUUGCUAGGCUCCUUUCUGCUCUUGGAGAAAAAGCUAUUGCAAGAACCCCUGAGAAGACAACAGGAACAAUCAAGCAGCAGCUAGCUGCUAUAGCGCCAACACUUGAGCAGUUGACUAAACAGAAAAAUGAAAGAAAAAGAGAGUUUGUUAAUGUACAAUCACAAAUUGAUCAAAUAUGUGGUGAAAUUGCUGGCACCAUAGAGGUGGGCGAGCAGGUGACAACACCCCAAGUCAAUGAGGAUGAUUUGACACUUGAGAGGCUUGAAGAUUUUCGGUCUCAGCUCCAGGAUCUUGAGAAAGAGAAGAGGAAUAGGUUGGAGAAGGUUCUUGAGUAUGUAAGCAUGGUACAUGAUCUUUGUACCGUCUUGGGGAUGGAUUUUCUCAGCACAGUGACUGAAGUUCAUCCCAGUUUAGAUGAUUCUGUUGGUGACAACUGUAAGAGCAUUAGUAAUGAUACAUUGUCAAAACUUGACAAGACGGUAGCUACACUUAAUGAAGAUAAGAAGUUGCGUCUAAGCAAGCUUCAAGAACUUGCUGGUCAGCUCUAUGAUCUUUGGGAUCUCAUGGAUGCCCCCAAGGAAGAAAGGCGCAUGUUUGAUCAUGUUACCUGCAACAGAUCAGCAUCUGUGGAUGAAGUCACAGCACCUGGAUCUCUUGCUCUAGAUUUAAUUGAACAAGCUGAGGUUGAGGUUCAAAGGUUAGACCAGCUGAAAUACAGCAAGAUGAAAGAAAUAGCUUUCAAGAAGCAAACUGAGCUGGAAGAUAUCUACGCUGGUGCUCAUAUAGUAAUAGACACAGCUGCUGCUCAUGAGAAAAUAUUGGCGCUGAUUGAGGCAGGUAACAUAGAACCAUCAGAACUAAUUGCAGAUAUGGAUGCCCAGAUAGCAAAAGCAAAGGAAGAAGCAUUGAGUAGAAAAGAUAUCCUUGACAAAGUAGAAAGAUGGAUGUCUGCGUGUGAAGAAGAGAGCUGGCUUGAAGAUUAUAACCGGGAUGACAACAGGUAUAACUCUAGCCGAGGUGCCCACCUGAAUCUGAAGCGUGCAGAAAAAGCUCGUAUUCUUGUUAACAAGAUUCCAGCACUUGUUGAAACUCUGGUGGCAAAGACCAGGGCAUGGGAGGAGAACCGUGGUCUGUCCUUUAUGUAUGAUGGUGUACCUCUUCUAGCUAUGUUGGAUGAGUAUGUUAUGCUCAGGCAGGAAAGGGAAGAAGAGAAGAAAAGAAUGCGGGAACAAAAGCGCUACAUUGAGCAGCAACUGAACACUGAUCAUGAAGGGCCAUUCGGAUCGCGAGUGAGUCCAAAUCGGCCUGCCAGUUCGAAGAAGGCCAUUGGCCCAAAGUUGAACGGCAGCGUCUCAAACGGCACUCCUCCAAACAGAAGGCUCUCAAUCAGUGGCCAACAGAACGGUGGUGGCCAUGGCAGGUCUGGAGGGAAGGAUAGCAAGAAAGACACGGCGAAGACAGCAUCUCCUGGGAACAAUGCAGCUGCAGCUGCACCUGUUGGUGUGGCAGCAACAGCCAAAGAAGACACGGCCUCCCAAGUUUCUGUCACCGAUCCGGUUCCGAGCACACCAUGA